CAUAAUAUAUCUAUUUAGAUAUAAACCACCGUUAGACUGGUGGCAGUCUCCGUCCACCUGAAACCCGCCGGCGUUAGGGCAAAAUCACCGCCCUCCGUCCUCCUCUACGCCACCACUUUCAACCUAAUUAUCUUAACAACUUUACCGGAGAGGAAGGUGUGAGCUUCCGUACGGAGCGAUGUCAGACCUAGACAAGCAAAUUGAGAAGCUCAAGAACUGUGAACCAUUAGAAGAAUCUGAAGUCAAAGCUCUAUGUUUAAAGGCUAUGGAAAUCCUCGUUGAAGAGAGCAACGUCCAACGAGUCGAUGCUCCCGUUACCAUAUGUGGCGACAUCCACGGACAAUUUUAUGACAUGAUACAACUUUUUAAAGUAGGCGGUGAUUGCCCAAAAACCAGCUACUUGUUUCUUGGCGACUUUGUGGACCGAGGGUUCUACUCUGUCGAGACAUUUCUGCUUUUGCUUGCCUUAAAGGUGAGGUAUCCGGAUAGGAUAACGCUGAUUAGGGGCAACCACGAGAGUCGACAGAUCACACAGGUGUAUGGAUUCUAUGAUGAGUGCUUAAGGAAGUAUGGCUCUGUUAAUGUUUGGAGAUAUUGCACCGAUAUAUUCGAUUACUUAAGUUUGUCCGCUCUCAUUGAGAACAAAAUAUUUACAGUUCACGGUGGCCUCUCUCCUUCCAUCAACACAUUAGACCAGAUUCGAUCAAUUGACCGGAAGCAAGAAGUACCUCACGAAGGUGCGAUGUGUGACCUCAUGUGGUCAGACCCAGAGGAUAUUGACGGCUGGGGUUUGAGUCCACGUGGCGCUGGUUUCUUGUUUGGCGGCGGUGUUGUCACGUCUUUUAAUCACAACAACAACAUUGAUUAUAUUUGUCGGGCUCACCAGUUGGUAAUGGAAGGUUAUAAAUGGAUGUUUAAUAAGCAGAUAGUUACCGUUUGGUCGGCUCCAAAUUACUGUUACCGGUGCGGCAACGUAGCUGCUAUUCUUGAGCUGGAUGAGAACCUUAAUAAACAGUUUCGUGUGUUUGAAGCAGCCCCUUACGAAUCAAGAGGAGCUUCUGCCAAAAAGCUUGCACCAGAUUACUUUUUGUGAUUUUCUUUGAUGAUUUUUUGUCCAAUCUCUUUGCUCAAAUCAUUGAUUUCAUUUUGUUCAUGGGUAGUGUACUAGUAUUAGUGUGCAUGUGCAAGGUGUUUGUAUUGGGAACAAUAGGCACAUACCUGACUUCAACCCUCACAGGGGUCUGAGUUUUCAAUUAUAUUAUAUUGGAUUUUAAUGAGAUUUUUGUACCAUCA